GCUGCGUCAACGGUCACGUGAUCACAUUCUCAAAUGAGUCUGUAACCCGAUAAAAACGACAGUUUUUUGAUCUGAAGAGUUUUUUAUUAUCUUGAUCACUAACAACGAUGUCUUUCUGUUCGUUUUCCGGAGGGGAGAUCUAUAAAAACCACUUUGAGACGGGUAUAUAUGUUUGCUCAAAAUGUGGCUACGAGCUGUUCUCCAGUAAGACUAAAUAUGAGCACUCCUCGCCCUGGCCUGCCUUCACUGAGACCAUCCACAAGGACAGUGUCUCCAAAGAGGAGGAGAGAAGAGGUGCUUACAAGGUACGAUGUGGAAAGUGUGGUAACGGUCUGGGCCACGAGUUUGUGAACGAUGGGCCCAAACGUGGACUCUCACGAUUCUGAAUAUUCAGCAGCUCACUCAAGUUCGUCCCUAAAGAGUAGGACGGACAAUAGAGUGAGCUGCUGGAUGGAGAGGUGAAGAUGGGUUCGAGUCUACAGAGUGGCUCUGUUCUGUGGCCGGUGCGGACAUUCAGUGACGUGUUCUGUGAUAAAGCCCACGGUGGACAUUCAGAACUCUGAAGUUCAUGACCUCACUGGUGAACAAGGACAAGUCUGCUCCUAACAGUCAUUUGCCGAAUGUUGCACAAAUGAACCACCAGCCUUCUUCAUAAAGAUAUAAUUACUGUAUGAAGAUUUUUAGAUAACUCUAUACAAAGUUACAGGGUGUUUUCAGACGAUGCCUAUAGCAAUGCAAAUCAGUGCCUGGACUGUUACAGAAGCACCACCUCAGUCUCAUUUUAAUUUUGAGGAAGGAAAAACACUACAAACCUGUUUGCUGAGAUCAUAUUUUGCACCAGCUGAAGUGUUUAUCAAAAAAUAAACAAUGUAUCCACAUAUUUGGAGCACUAAGAAUAAAAGUUUCAGUAUGUUAAUUUA